CGCGUCGAGCCGGCGGUCGUGGUGAAGGCGGCCAUUGUUCGGCGGCGGCGGCGGCGGGAGCGUUGUCUCGUCGCGGUCUCUCCUGGUCGCGUUAGCAGCCUCACUCACUCAGUCCCCAGACAUGGCGCAGUACAAGGGAGCCGCCAGCGAGGCUGGCAGGGCCAUGCAGCUGAUGAAGAAGCGCGAGCAGCAGAAGGAGCAGCUCGAAGCGCUCAAGAUAAGGAUUGCCGAGGAAAACUUGGCCAAGUCCAACAUUGACAGAAAAUUCUCAGCACAUUAUGAUGCUGUGGAGGCGGAACUCAAGUCAAGUACAGUGGGUCUGGUGACCCUGAAUGAUAUGAAGGCGAGACAGGAAGCGCUUGUGAAAGAACGUGAGAAGCAGCUCGCCAAGAAGGAGCUUAGCAAGGAACUAUUGCUGAAGCAGGAGCUGCAGCGUGAGAAGGAAAAGAAGAUGGAGCAGAAGAGAAAGAUCGCCAGCUUGUCGUUCAGUCUGAACGAUUGCGAGGAAGAUGAUGAAGACUACAACAGCAGCCUCUCUGAUGAAGAAAUCGAGUACCCGGUGAAAAAGAAAAAAAUUGGUAAAAAUCCAGAUGUGGACACCAGCUUUCUUCCGGACCGGGGCAGGGAGGAGGAAGACAACAGAUUGAGAGAAGAGCUGAGACAGGAGUGGGAGAGCCAGCAAGAGAAAAUCAAAAACGAGGAGAUUGUGAUCACCUACAGCUACUGGGAUGGCUCUGGGCACAGAAAGACUGUGCGGAUGAAGAAGGGAAACACCAUCCAGCAGUUCCUACAGAAGUGUCUAGAAAUGCUGCGGAAGGACUUCAGUGAGCUCAGAACUUCUGGAGUGGAACAGCUGAUGUAUAUCAAAGAGGAUUUGAUCAUUCCUCAUGUAGGUAUUACCCAGGCACAGGUUCCAAUGCUAAUCAAAUUCGCAUUUAUGUCCUUUGUUAUUGUAUAGGAUUACAUCUGCAAAAAUAUCCAUAAGCAGCUGCAAAAACACACCAAGCUUUUCAACAGGCAUAUCAUGUUAUUGUAAUUUUUAUGUGUUUUAAUUUCCUUGCCAGAUCUGUACCAUACCUUUUUUAAGCAUCAUACUUUACAUGCUGCAAUUAGUCACAGUGAAACAUGAAGCUGUUCUAAUUAGGUUUACAACCAGAAUUAAAUAUAGUAAAACAAUACUGCACCCUUUUUAAAAGCAUUUGCACGAAAUUGGGUUGUUUACUCAAUUCACAAUGCAAUAUUUUCUUGGGUGCUUAUCAAAAAUUGAGAGCCAAAACUUAAAGACAUUUAUGUUAACAGCCGUCCAGGCAGUGACACAAUGCAUUAUAGUAGUUGUCGACUGAAACCAGCUUUUGUUUUAUGUGUAGCUUGAAUGUGCAUCUGUAAAAUAUCAUUGCCGUAUUAGGUUAUUAUGUCAUCAACUGAUGAAGUUAUUUUUUGUGGAAAUGAUUGGCCUUGAUACUCCAGUCUACUUUACCUUGCUCAAUUGCUCGCAUGUUGUGUAGACAAAUUGGAUGUGGAUUUUUUUUUGUACAUAAGGUCAUGCUUGUCAUCUGUUCAGAUCCGGGUAAGCAAAGCAGGGCACAUUAAGCAGAUGUGAAUACCUUAUUAAAAUUGAUUUGCUAAGGACAAGCUUGUCUGGGAUUGACCAUGAUAAUGAAUUAUCCAGCAGUAAUACCUGAUGGAUGUUGAUUAAGAAUCAUGAAGGACGAAAACACAUAAGCCAUGCUUAGAUGACGAUAAUGCUCCGUGAACUUGAAUGACCCCUAUGCGUUAUGAGUCUGUGCUGCUUGCCUGUAACACUAAUUAUUCCCAAGUAACAUUAAUCAACCAGCAACAGAACCAUCUGUCCCUGAGACGAGAAUAUUGUGUAUAACCAGCAGUGACAAGGGAAUUAAUGAAUGCAAGAUGUCUUGCUUAAUAAUUAUGUUUUAUUGCAAAAGUAUCUUUUUUUAAAAACAAGAUUUUAUUUGACUGAAAUUAAAUGUACCGUACUUUGAAACCAACUACCUGAAUCCAAAUCUGUUAUGCAGACUGGUUACAUUAGAUUGUAAGCAGUUUGUUUCAAGGCUGGAUGAAAUACAGUGCACAUUAAAAUGUUAUAAAAUGGCUCUUCUAUUAAGUCCGUGUGGAUUAGUGCAAAAAAAUAUUUAUCCCUAGCCUUGAAGACAAGAUCGAGCAGCAAUAUUGUAAUGUGAGCUAUAACUAAUUCUAUCAAACGUACCCACAAGCACUCUUAAAAGUUCUAAGAAGCCUUAAUGUCAAGCAACAUGGCUCUAUGGCUUUAAAUACAAUGCGCUUCACUGUUGCACGUAAAAUGGCAUUUACUUGAUUAGCUGACAUUAAAACUAAAAAACUCGGUCCAUAAUAAAGAUGCACAAAACAUAAAUAGCAAAAGUGUUAAUUUAAAAGUUUACAGAUUCAGUCAAUGAAUGUACUUGCGAAGGGUGUGAAAUCGACUUUCUAUGAAUACUUAAUGUGUUUUCUAGUAUUUGAGAUACGCAUGUUACAGCUAAUGCAGUGCAUUUACUAUCACAUUGCUACGUCUGUGCAAACCUGUCUGUGGUGUGCUAAUUUGUUGACUGGUAUUGGGGUACAUUUUCGUUAAUAUUGCCCAUUCCUUCUUGGCCAAUUUCUUCAUUGUUUUUGGCAUUCUCAAGCAUGAUGAGUUGAUGUUUGAGGGUCUUCAUUUGAGUGUCUUUGUGCUUCUGUUUACAGCAUUAUUCCUUUUUACGAUUUCAUCGUGACUAAAGCCAGGGGCAAGAGUGGUCCGCUCUUCAGUUUUGAUGUUCACGACGACAUUCGGUUGUUCAACGAUGCCACGGUGGAGAAGGACGAGUCUCACGCAGGCAAAGUGGUCCUGCGCUGCUGGUACGAGAAGAACAAGCACAUUUUCCCGGCGAGCCGCUGGGAGCCAUAUGACCCCGAGAAGAAGUGGGACAAGUACACGAUUCGAUGAUUUAUUUUGAGUUUUUCAUGGAGCCUGGCCCCAGUGGGAAUGGACGUUGCCAAGAGGAAAUAUUCAGAAGCUGCAGACUGGUCUCUCUACAGUCUUUCAAUACAUCACGCUAAUAUUUGCUGUUGUGAAAGUCCUUGAAUUGCUUAUGUAUAGAUGAAUUAAAUCGUGUAUAAAUUAGUCUACUUGUGUCAUAUAUGUAUUUGCUUUCAUUUGUAAAAUGUCAAAUAAAAUUUUAAUACCUCG